AUGUCGAUGACAUCAUUAUCGAUGAGAUCCCGUAAAUGGGAAGACGUUUUGAUGGAGGGAUGGUUGCACAAAAGAGGAGAACAUAUCAAGAAUUGGAGGCCACGUUAUUUCCUUCUCUUCCGCGACGGUGCCCUCGUUGGAUUCAAGUCGAAACCGGAACACAAUCAGUCAUUCCCCGAGCCACUCAACGAUUUCAUGAUAAAAGAUGCUCAAGUUUGCACAAUGGAGAAACCUCGCGCGAAUAUGUUCAUGAUUCGAUGUCUUCAAUGGACAACGAUUAUUGAAAGAACUUUCUAUGCUGAUUCAGCUGAGACUCGUCAACGAUGGAUCACCGCAGUGGAAUCGAUUGCAAAACGAUAUCGAGCGGCCGCCGAGGAUGGAGAUGAAGCAAUGGAAACGGUUUCAAUGGAGGAUUUGUCAGCACCGGGCCCAGGAAUGCCCGGUCAUCCAACCACUCAUCAUCAUUUACAAGGUGGACAAGUCGCUCCAGGACAAGGCUCAUUUCCCCAACCACCGAUGCUUCCACAGCAAUCGAUUGCCGAUGCAUCCGAUGCGGCAAAGAGAGAUCAUAUUACAAUGGACGAUUUCGAAUUUCUGAAAGUUCUUGGCAAGGGGACAUUCGGAAAAGUGAUUCUUUGCAGAGAAAAGAGAACAUCCAGAUUGUAUGCGAUAAAGAUAUUGAAGAAAGAAGUGAUCAUUGCAAGGGAAGAAGUCGCCCAUACACUCACCGAGAAUCGCGUUCUCCAGCGGUGUAAACACCCGUUUUUGACGCAACUCACCUAUUCUUUCCAAACUCCAUUCCAUUUGUGUUUUGUGAUGGAAUUCGCGAAUGGCGGUGAAUUGUUCACUCAUCUCCAAAAAUGCCGGGUUUUCCCCGAGGAAAGGACGCGUUUUUAUGGAGCGGAAAUCGUGUUGGCACUCGGAUAUUUGCACCAUUUGUGCAUCGUCUACCGCGAUAUGAAGGAAUUGCGCUUCUCAUUUCAAACGAACGAUCGGCUUUGCUUUGUGAUGGAAUUCGCGAUUGGUGGCGAUUUGUAUUAUCAUUUGAAUCGUGAAGUUCAAAUGAUGAAAGAAGGAUUUUCUGAGCCAAGAUCAAGAUUUUAUGGAGCUGAGAUCGUUUCGGCUUUGGGAUAUCUACACGCAAAUAAUAUCGUCUACAGGGAUUUAAAGCUUGAGAAUCUCCUUUUGGAUAAAGAUGGUCAUAUAAAGAUUGCGGAUUUUGGACUCUGCAAAGAGGAUAUUUCAUUCGGUGAUCGAACGAGCACUUUCUGUGGAACGCCCGAGUAUUUGGCGCCUGAGGUUCUUGAAGACAACGAUUACGGCCGACAAGUCGAUUGGUGGGGAGUCGGGGUGGUCAUGUAUGAAAUGAUGUGCGGGAGAUUGCCUUUUUAUUCAAAGGAUCACAAAAAGCUCUUCGAAUUGAUCAUGAUCGGCGAGUUGCGAUUUCCUAGCAAGUUGAGUCCCGAGGCGAAGAAUUUGCUGAUGGGAUUGCUGGUGAAAGAUCCGACGCAGAGACUGGGCGGCGGUCCGGACGACGCUUUGGAGAUCACUCAGCACGAGUUUUUCGCGCCGAUUGACUGGCAAAAGUUGUACAACAAAGAGAUCGAUCCACCAUUUAAACCACAUGUCGCAUCCGAUACGGACACUUCGUAUUUCGAUAAGGAAUUCACCACCGAGGCUGUCCAAUUGACGCCUCCACCCGCUCGGGCUGGACCUCUGGCUACGGUAACUGAAGAAUUGGAGGAUAUGCAAAACAAUUUCGUGCAAUUCUCCUUUCACAACAACAUGAACAGUUUACGGGAGAAUAGCGAGUUGAUGGAG